AUGUACAAAUUUACGACUCAUUUAACAAAUCCAAAUUUGGUUCUGGUCAGAAAACAAAUUGGAGACGCAUCAUGCACAGCACUAAUAGUUAUGCGAGCUCCACGGCGCCGUUAUGCACAGCAAGAAAAAGAAUCCUGUCCACCUCCACCAAAACCAGCACCUAAAUCCCAUAAGCUCUUCUGGGGCACUCUCGGGGCUACUGUGCUUACAGGCGCAGCGGUUGUAUAUGCUAAAAGCAGUCCAGAUGCCCGAAAUUGGUUAGAAUCAAAUGCACCAUGGGCAAAUGAUUUUAUUGCUCUUGUGUACCAAGAGAACACAACAUACUGGAAAUCCACAGUCAAUCAAUUCAACAAAGCUACCAGUGCUAUCAGUAAUUUUAUGUUUGGAAAGGAAGGUGUAUCGCCACUUGAUUUCAAACAAAGGUCAGAACAAGACUUAGAAAAAGAUGCAGCUAAAGCUUUCGCGAAAAAGGACUAUGAAUUACCCCCUCCAAAAUUUGAACCACUGUACAUUGAAGAAAAGCCAGCAGUGACUCCAGAAGUUGAAACUACUGCUACAUUAGUUCAAACAGAGAAAUGCGAACCGCAAGAACCUCAACCUAUAGUGAUAACUAAAGACAUGGUGGAGUUGGAGCACGAAAUGCACGAAAACACGAAGAUCGCCAUGGACAAUUAUAAACAGGCAACACAGUAUUGCAUCGAUUAUAACAAGGCGCUGUUUAAAGUAGUGGAGUCCCCUCUUGAAGAUUUGGACAAAAAACACUUUUCGGCACUUCGAGGCGCUCAAAACGAGAGGGAUUCUACUAUAAAAAAGGCGCAGCAGGCUGCUACUAAAGCGAAAUGCGCUAUUGAGACUCUGGACCGCAUGAUAAAAGCGGGAGUUAAAGCCCCACCAGAAACCAUUGCGGCGACGCAACGUUACAUUAAGAAGUUCCGAGCUGAUCUUCAUGAAGCUGAGACAAGAUAUAAGGAAGAAUUGGAGAAAGCAACCCUCAGCGACAAGUAUUGGAAUAAGGUAGAAGCAGCCAGAAAUGCGUUCAGAGAAGAGUUGCAGAUGUUGUUCCCAGGAGUCGAUUUAAGCGCUCGCAAACUCGAACUUAAAGGGGACACUGAUUUACUUUUAAUGUAUGCAUUGAAAAAGGUCCAAUAUUUGCAAAAUGCAAUUGCGGAGCUUCAAACAGUGAGGGAACAGAAAAUUAACAGAGCUAUUGAGUGCCACGACGAAAGGGCUAUCAUUGAAGCAAAAGUUGAAGAAGUAGUCAAACGGGAGCUGCUGCAAAAGGAGUUGGAAUUCCAAAAGAAGAGCUUAGAGGUACAAGCGGUUGCAAACAGACAGCUGAAGGAACAGUUAAAGAGACAGUUUGAGAUUCAGCAAGAGAUACUUCAGGAGAGACUUGCAAAGAAGGACAAAGAGGUAUUAAGUAAAUUCAAUAAAGUCGUGUCGGAACAAGUGGAGAAAGAACGAGUCAUUUUCAAGAAAGAUAUGGCAGCGAUGGCCGGCAAACUGAUGGCUAUAGAGCAAACUCUAAAACAGAGGGCGAAGGCUGAGGCAGAAGCUCGUCGUUCGCAGUCACUAUGGGCGGCUGCCGAAGCCCUGCUCGCAGCUACACGGAGAGGCGGCUCUGAGGCUAAAAUUGACAACGAAAUCAAAGCGCUCGAGAAAGCGGGUAAAGAUGAUAAGCUGGUGCAAACUGUGUUACAAGGCAUUCCUCAAGAAGCACGCGAAAAGGGAAUCGCAACUGAAAAAACGCUGCUAGAGAAAUUCGACAAGAUGGAAAAGACCGCAGUAAAAGUAGCUCUCGUGGGACGCGACGGCGCAUCACUGCCUGUGUACUUCCUAUCGUGGCUUCAAUCGAAAUUGCUGUUCCAAAAGUUCGCCGAAAUUCCCAAGGAUGAAUUGGAGAACAAGCCAAUGGACUUUACCAAAUUGGAUACGUUUGACAUAAUCCAGAGAGCGAGGUACUUCAUGGAACACGGUGACUUACAAUCGGCCCUACGGUAUGUGAACCUGCUGCAAGGCGCGCCCCGCGCGGCCGCGGCCCCCUGGGCGGCGGCGGCGCGCCGGCACCUGGAGGUGCGGCAGGCCGCUGAGGCGGUCAUGGCACACGCCUCUGUGUCCGGCCUCUUGUACUUGUAG